AACAACAAAAAACGCUGCGUUGGUUGUUCAAAAAUGUUUCCAAACCGUUUGAAAAAUUCGGUGCCAAAAAAGCCUGUUCCAACGGACUUCAAGGGUUUAUUCGCGUCUGUUUUCACAAGUUUUAAAGGCGAUGAACAACAAACAUUGCAAUUGAGUUGCAUUGACGACUAUGCUUUAUGGCUAAAGGAGCACCAUAUUAAAGGCGUACUAGUGAACAGCACAACUGGCGAAGGUCCGGCCUUGGGUUUGAUUGAACGCAAGGUAAAUGCCGAAGCUUGGAGUCGUGCGUGUAAGAAGUAUUCGUUAAUGAUGUUGUUGCAAAUCGGCGGAGCACCAUUGCCUGAUGUUUUGGAUCUGGCGCAACAUGCCAACGAAUUGCCUAUACACGCGGUGGUUUGUAUAUCGGAACUGUUUUAUAUACCCACAAAAAUGGAACAUUUGGUCGGUUACUGCAAAAUUGUGGCGGAGAAAUGCGCAAAUCACUUAUUCUUAUACUAUCAUCUGCCGCAAUUAUCAAAUCUCAAAUUUGAUCCCGAGGAGUUCUUUAAUAGCGCUGAAAAGGUCAUACCGACCUUCACCGGCUUGGUUUGUACACAAACCGAAUACUUGGCGGCCAUCAAAUGUGCGACUGCCAAACGUGUCAUUGUAAUAGGCGAUUCGAAAAUGCUCGCCAGCUGCAUGUUAAUGGGCUACGAAUCGGCCAUUAUGACGGUGGCGAAUAUGGAGCCCACUCUAAUGCAUGAAAUCUAUGAUGCAAUGAUGAGAAACGAUUUGAAGACGGCUAAAGCUAAGCAAAGUUAUCUGAAUCAACUCAUUCGAAAUCGUAUAACGAAGGGGAAGUCUAGUUGGAUUUCAGACAUGAAGAAUUGGUUCAAUGAGAAAAUGGUAUCGGAAGUUGGCUGUGAUGUUAAUGUUGGUAAACCGAGAAAAUUUGGUAUUUAUGAAUUGUAAACAAUUGAAGAGAUCACAUAUUUAUGUUUGUUGAAUGUUUUAACGUUAAUAUAUUGUUAUCAAAUGCAUAUUAUAUUAUUUGCAUUAUGGUCAAAAUCUGUGUGUGAUCUAGGAACAUAUAGACGGAAGGUCUCGGGAAAAAUUUUAAGCAAAAGAAAAAAAAACAAAGCUGCGACUAGAUUAGGGAUCAAGCUAGACGCUAGUUGCCAAAGUUGCUUGGAACUUCUCCUUCAAUGUCCAGCAUUUGCCAGACUUAUUCCAAAACACCAUGGUAGCCACAUCUUGGCGAACACGUCGAAGUGACUGGAAUCUACAUUAGCCGGCUUAAGAACUUUAUAACAGAGUCCAAGCGCUUUGUCUAAUCAUAAUGGUCUUGGCGAUCCGGAUUAUCUGGGUGUCACAAGGGACAGUUGAUGUUGUCUAAGUGAGAUUCUCUAUAGAUGCGGAGAUCGACCGCUUGACGUAACCCAAGGUAACAAGGUAAAUGUCAUUGAACGUUAGGUUCGAUUCCGGUACCGCAGCGCCGGCUGUCGUGGAAUCACAUGUGGUGAGUCUCCACAUGACACUAACCACCUCUUGGUAUGCCCAAUCAAUCCCACUGAUUUAAUACUCCUUUUCCUUUAGUCCGAUCCUAUCGAAACUGCUCGUUUCCUGGGCCUCCCAUUAAAUGACUUCGAUGACAAUUGACUUGCGCCAGUUCAGACAUAUUUAGGUAACCGUUAAAAAAAAAACAACGAAUUUGGAGAUGGGUUAAGAGAAUAGGCGGUAACCCUCUGGAGAACUCUUUUUGGAACAACUUCAAAGAAAGAAUACAGUUUAUGGAUCUAUGAAUGACGAAUGUUUUGCGUCUAGAAUAUAAAGUGCUGAGGCUGGAAGGUGGACCUCAUUUAUCUAUCUCAGAGGCUAGAAGGCACUAUAAAUACGUUCUUUGUCUAUCUCAACCAACUCACUCGUUUACUUUGAUAACUUAGCUAGAAUACAGUUUUAAGGUGAUCUAAAUGUAACAGUAAAUUUUGUCAAAUAAAACAUUGUCGAACAUCAAAUCGUUAAAAAAAAAUUACGAAAAAUCAAGCGAACUGAAAGUGUAUGAGAACGACGCGCAAAUACUCAUGGACGAGGAAGAAUUAAAAACUUUUGAAGGUUUCUUGGCGCCAACAUUCACAGCCUUCGAUGAUAAUGA